CUCGUCGUAACUGCCGCCCAAAUCGCACAAUCCAUAAAGUCGUCUCUGCCCAACCCAAGCCUCGUCCUCGUCCCACAACCUUACUACUGGUGGCAAUCCGGCAUCGUCAACAACGCCCUCUUUACCUACGGCUUCGUCACCGGCGACAAGCAAUUUGAGGACCUCGCAAAGAACACUCUCUACAACCAGGCCACAGCCGCGAACGACUUCAUGAUGCCUGACGCCACCGGCAACGACGAUCAAGCGUGGUGGGCGUUGUCUGCGCUGACUGCCGCCGAGAACAACGUCGCCGUACCAGCGGGCAGUCCAACAUUCCUGUCCAUGGCACAGAACGUCUUCAACGAGCAGAAAGGGAGAUGGGAUGAGAGCUCCUGCAGCGGGGGCAUGCGGUUCAAGAUCAACGCCGGGGACGUGGGCUACGAGUACAAGUCCUCCAUCGCGAAUGGCUUGUUUUUCCAGCUUGCAGCGCGCCUGGCGAAACUCACAGGCGAUGCGGACGCAAAAGCGUGGGCGGAGAAAAGUUACGACUGGAUUGCUUCGACUGGACUUAUCGACACCGACUUCAAUGUGUAUGACGGCACUGAUGCGGCGAGCGGGUGUGUGGACCUGAAUCACAACCAGUGGAGUUACAACGCAGGCGUCUUCCUGUACGGCGCGGCGGUCAUGGCGAGCCAGACGGGUGAUGCGAAGUGGGCUGAUCGAACCAACGGGCUGCUCGCGGCCGCGCAAAGGAACUUUGUACGGGACAGCGCACUGUAUGAGCCGAUUUGCGAGGAUCAGGGGACUUGCAAUAAUGACCAAGUAAGCUUCAAGGGGAUUCUGGCGCGCUGGCUGGGUGCGACCGCUGUGGAGCGGCCCGACUUGAAG